AUGACGGCCGUUUUACCCCAAGGACUGAUUAAUGCCAAUCCCAACGUUCAACAGCAUGCUCUCGAUGAUUCUGAUCUCGACCUCACCAACGCAGAAGUGCUCAGCAAGUUUUGGAAAGUUUACGCCAUUCAAAGCGAAGCGACACAGGACACCUCCUCCACGAGGUUGCGGAACUUGUUCUGGAGAGUAUGGAGCAGUCCGAUCCUCACCCAGUCUAUGACAUCUGCGCGACUGGUGCAUCUGUGGGCUCAAUGCAAUGGAGACUUGGACUUAACCCCAAUCGAAGACAGCAUCAGUAGACCUCGGAGACUCGUUUCACAGGAUUUCUCCACCCCAAACCAAGCUUCGAACACACCCUCUCCUUUGUCUCCUGCCUCUGAGAUCCAUCAGACUUCGGGCUCCACUCCACGAACUAGGCCAAACGUUGCACCCACUUUGCAAAACUUCAAGUUUCCUUCCGUGACGACUGACAGAGGUGACGGGGAUUCCUAUCCCUCCCUUAUGCAAGCCGGCGGACAUGGCCGAAAGCAAUCUGAGGAUACUUCGGGAUCUACAUCUCACGCUACUUCAGAAUCAUCUUCGCGGCCGACCUUGAGUAGAACCACUAGUGGCGGGCGACAAAGAUUGCCUGUUUUGGCCACCGCUGGAAAGUCGAGGACAAGACCUCAGAUCCCACGAAGAAAAUCCAGUUCACAGAAGUCUCCAGGGGGGCCAAGUGUACCGAAGUCUCUGAGGGGACAGCAGGAAACCGCUGUGGCUGAUGCCACAACUCAAGACCCUGGUGCUGUUGUAGGUCGUCUUGCUGCCAGAGGUCCGCCUCCUGGUUUGCCAAUGGUGCCUUCCACCACCAGUGGACCCGUUUUUGCUCUGCCUUCCGCCUCUUCAUGGCAGAGCGUAGAUUCGGCAUCUGACAACCUUGUCCUAGCAACCACUGCACUUGCUCUACCUACUGCUUCGGCAGAACUCGUGGAUCCAGAUUUCCGAGGCAAAUUCGUCGAAACACAGAAGAAGUUGGUCAGUUCUACAAACCUUGCUGGUCUAAAUCGAAUCAAAAAGACAGGUAGCGUUGUCCGGUUUGCAGAUGAGGUGCCCCUGGAUGUGCGGAAGGGAAAGGAAAGAGAAAAGGAAGCCAUGUCCCCGCUUCGAGAUGAGAACAUCGGAUCUUCACGGUUGUGGAGGAGUAUGUCCAGUGAUACAGUCUCCGAUGAUGCCGAUGACGACGACUCGUCCUUGGAGAAUAUGCAACUUCCACGCACCAAGAGCCAUCUGAGCCUUCUGAUUCAGAACAGAAGAGACCAAACAGGAAGCUCGGACAUUGGCCCUGCCACAGAAUCACGCGACUCCAGCGGAAAAGAAAAGGAGAAGGAGAAGGCCAAGUCCAAGGAAGAAGAACUCCUAUCCAUGGGUCGGCGGGACGGAGUGACGAAGGCUGGUGGCGUCCAGGUUCCCAAACAGCACCGGAUAAGCGAGCUGGAAGAUCCUGGAUACAUGUCGCCGUCAAGCCCUGAGCCUUUGUUUUGA